AUGCCAGCUCUGUCUCCUGCUGAAGCACUGACUGGUCUGCACAGGGGACCACUACAGCUGGGCAUCACCAACUCUAACAAAGGAAUACCAGCACACCAUGAGCUCCACCAAGUCUUCAUACAAGAGGCUCUUUGGGGGCAACCCCAGGUCUAGCGCUUCUGGGAGCCGCUAUGCCACCUCCAGCAACAGGUACUCCCUGGGCAGUGCCUACCGCCCUGGAUUUAGCAGCGGCGGGGGUCUCACCAGCAGGGUGGUCUACACCACCUCUUCUUCUCCCUCUAUCUCCAAGUCUUCUUCUGUCAGGCUGAGGAGCAGCAUGCCCGCUGCCAGGAUGUCAGACAGUGUGGACUUCUCCCUGGCAGAUGCCAUCAACCUGGAGUUCAAAGCCAACAGGACCAAUGAGAAGGCUGAGAUGCAGGAGCUCAAUGACAGGUUCGCCAACUUCAUUGACAAAGUUCGAUUCCUGGAGCAACAGAACAAGAUCCUUUUGGCUGAAUUGGAGCAGUUGAAAGGAAAGGGGACCUCCAGGGUGGGGGACCUGUAUGAAGAAGAGAUGAGGGACCUCAGGAGACAAGUGGACCUUCUGACCAACGAGAAGGCCAGGGUGGAGGUGGACAGAGACAACCUGGCAGACGACCUGCAGAGAAUCAGAGAAAAGCUGCAAGAUGAAAUGAUUCAGAAGGAAGAAGCUGAAAGCAAUCUGCAGUCCUUCCGACAGGAUGUUGACAAUGCCUCUCUGGCCCGUAUUGACCUGGAACGCAAACUGGAAUCUCUCCAAGAAGAAAUCAUUUUCCUGAAGAAGCUGCAUGAUGAGGAAAUCCGUGAACUUCAAGUACAACUCCAGGAACAACAUGUCCAGAUCGACAUGGACGUCGCCAAACCAGAUCUCACGGCAGCUCUGCGCGAUGUCCGUCAACAGUACGAGAAUGUCGCUGCUAAGAAUCUGGCUGAUGCUGAAGAUUGGUACAAGUCCAAGUUUGCCGACCUGUCUGAAGCCGCUAAUCGCAACAAUGAAGCCUUGCGUCAAGCUAAGCAGGAGACCAAUGACUACCGCAGACAGAUCCAGGCCCUGACCUGUGAGGUGGAUGCAAUGAAAGGAUCUAAUGAGUCUUAUGAUCGCCAAAUGCGUGAAAUGGAAGAGAACUUCGCCCUUGAAGCUGCUAACUACCAGGACACUAUUAACCGCCUGCAAGAAGAGGUUCAGAACAUGAAGGAGGAGAUGGCUCGCCACCUGCGCGAGUACCAGGAUCUGCUGAACGUGAAGAUGGCUCUCGAUAUCGAGAUUGCAACUUACAGAAAACUGCUGGAGGGAGAGGAGAGCAGGAUUUCCAUUCCAGUUCAUUCCUUUUCUAACAUGAGCUUGAGAGAAACUAACCUGGACUCUCUGUCGAUGCCAGAAACCCACUCUAAAAGAACACUUCUGAUCAAGACUGUGGAGACCAGGGAUGGCCAGGUCAUCAAUGAAAGUUCCCAGCAUCACGACGACUAUGAGGACUGAAAGGUGAACCUACUCCUGAGAAAUCCUUGACCAGCGACCUAAUAUUGUCCCCUCUGAAGAAAACCAGCUUUCAAGUGCCUUUUGCCAUCACCACAAGAGCGGGAGGAUAGACUUUCUACAGAAGCGGGUUUAGACAACCUGUAGCUCUCCAGCUGUUAGGGCAUGCUGGGACUACUAGUUCCUCCACAGCGGGAAAACCAUAGGUUGCCUAUGCCUGUGCUGUAGAGGGGAUUAGUCAUGGGGGUAUUUGCAGAGUGAAGUCUUACUUGGUGGGUUUUACUUCAGUCUAGUUUACAAGAAAAUCUUCAUAGCAAUAUCUUGUGCUGCAAUACUGUUUUUAAAAUUCCCGAGAAAAGCUUUUUACUUCCAGGCAACCUGUCAGUGCUUUAAAUAAAUCUUUAGAAAUAUAA